AUGAUUUUAGGAAGCAGUCUUUUGUUACUCUUGGCAGUGCAAUCUGCACCAAUGCAUUUAGCUAAAAUCAAUAACGAAUCGGCCGCUUUACAAUUUAUAAUUGAUCAUGACGAAACGUUUGGAAUAUUGUGGAAUAUAUUUUAUAAAUCUGCCUGGGCUUACUUUACAAACGUUACCGAGGAAAAUCAAAAAGAUAUGAAUGAUAAAUCUGUUCGGUUAUCGAACUUUGACAAGGAAGCGGCGGGAUUUGCCAAAAUGUUUGAUUAUGAAACUUUCACCAAUUCCACAGUAAAACGACAACUUAUCAAAAUCAUAGAAAGGCCAGGAUUGUAUGCAACGAACGACUCUGAACUGUUAGAAAAGGUAACGGGUACACAACUUGGAAUCAGAAACUUACACGAACACGCCAUGUAUUGCCUACCUCGUCAAAACUGCCUCAAUCAUGCGGGGCUACAGCAGAUCAUGACGAACAGUCAAUUCUAUGAUGAACUACUGACAGUUUGGCAAGGCUGGCAUAGCGUGACAGGACGGGCUGUUAAAGAGCAGUUCACACAACUUACUAAAGCCAUGAAUAAGGCUGUUCAAUAUAUCGGUCACUCAGACAUUGGGAGCUGGUGGGGAUCGCUGUAUGAAAUGCCGUACUUUGAAAACGACAUAACCCAUUUAUUUCAAGACCUGGAGCCUCUGUAUAGAGAACUCCAUGCCUACAUACGUAAACGGUUACUAUGGAAAUACGGCAGAGACAUGUUUCCUUUGUCAGGACAUAUUCCAGUUCACUUGCUUGGUUCUCUGGGAGGUGGUAAUAUCGAAAACAUCUACGAACUGCUAGAACCAUUUCCAAAUGCGAGUAGAGUGGAUAUAACAAAGGAGAUGAUUGAAAAGGGAUAUAACAUAAGCCUGAUGUAUCGACUCGCGGAGGAUUUUUACAGAUCACUAGGAAUGGAACCAUUGACUAGGGAAUUCUGGGAGAACUCCAUGUUCAUCAAACCUAGUGAUAGAAAUGUCUUCUGUCAACCAUCGUCUUGGGAUUUCGGUGAUGGAAAGGAUUAUAGAAUUAAAGCUUGUACACGUGUAGAUGAGGAAAAUUUAAUCAUGGUUUAUCGUGAAGUUGGACAUAUCAUUUAUUAUCAAAGUUACAAAAAGCAGAACACCAUGUUCCGGAAUGGCGCUAAUCCAGGCUUCCAUGACGGAGUUGCAAACCUGGCAGCAUUGUCCUUGAUGACCCCGGAAUAUCUCCAUAAGAUAGCUCUCACUGAUUCAGUUUCUGAUGAAUCAGAAAACGAGAUUAACUACCUUUUGAAACUGGCGUUAGAAAAGGUGGCGUUUUUACCCUAUGCUUAUGCUAUCGACCGUUGGCGAUGGGGUGUUUUCAGAGGUCAAAUAUCUCCUUCGGAAUACAACAAGAAAUGGUGGGAUAUCAGAUGUCGUUAUCAAGGAGUUUCACCACCAGAUAAACGAACAGACGAAGAUUUUGAUCCCGGUGCCUUGUUUGAUGUGACUGCCAACAUACCUAUUAUCAAACGGUUCGUUAGUGUGAUUGUACAGUUUCAAUGCCACGCAGCACUGUGUGAAGCUGGGGGUCACAAGGGGGAACUACACAGAUGUAACCUCUACGGAAGCAAGACUGCAGGAUAUCUUCUCAAAAGGGCGUUGCGUUUGGGUUCAUCCAAACCGUGGCAGAAGGUGAUGCAGAUGAUCACGAGACGGAAGCAAAUGAGUGUCAAGCCAUUGUUGAAGUAUUUUAAUCCUCUGUUGUCGUGGCUUAGAAAUCAGAAUAAGGAGGAAAACAUGGGAUGGGCGCGUUCCUGUCCCUCCAUUAUACCCCAACCCGAGACGUCGGCACCCAUAGAUCAUCCAAACAAGUACAUGUUAGACACGAUUUACUUGUAUCAGGUAUUUAAGCGCAUUUCAUGUAAACUAUUCAUUGAUAGUCCAAAAACAAUCAUGAGGAUUAGUCACUUUAUUGUGUUGCUGGCUUUUGCAGGUUUGGCUGUGGCCAAUGUAAGGCGUUCUCUCUGUCAUAACGGACACCAGUGCACAUGUCCUGACGGACAAACGGGCGUUUGUAACUCAAACGGGCAUUGUGAUUGUGGAAAUAACGGGAAACGACAGACCUCCCAAUGCACAACUGCUGCUGACUGCACAUGCAGCGACGACAAAGUAGCCGAGUGUCACCAUGGACACUGCACGUGUCACCAUGACAGCGGUCAUCACCCGAGACAAACCUCACAAUGUACAGUAGAUGGUGACUGCACAUGCGCUAGCAAUCAAGUGGCUGCUUGUCACCAUGGACACUGCACGUGUCAUCAUGACGGCGGACAUCACCCGCGUUCUCUCUGUCAUAACGGACACCAGUGCACAUGCCCUGACGGACAAACAGGCGUUUGUAACUCAAACGGGCAUUGUGAUUGUGGAAAUAACGGGAAACGACAGACCUCCCAAUGCACAACUGCUGCUGACUGCACAUGCAGCGACGACAAAGUAGCCGAGUGUCACCAUGGACACUGCACGUGUCAUCAUGACAGCGGUCAUCACCCGAGACAAACCUCUCAAUGUACAGUAGAUGGUGACUGCACAUGCGCUAGCAAUCAAGUGGCUGCGUGUCACCAUGGACACUGCACGUGUCAUCAUGACGGCGGACAUCACCCGCGUUCUCUCUGUCAUAACGGACACCAGUGCACAUGCCCUGAUGGACAAACAGGUGUCUGUAAUUCAAACGGACACUGUGAUUGUGGACACAAUGGAAAACGACAAACCUCCCAAUGCACAACUGCUGCUGACUGCACAUGCAGCGACGACAAAGUAGCCGAGUGUCACCAUGGACACUGCACGUGUCAUCAUGACAGCGGUCAUCACCCGCGUUCUCUCUGUCAUAACGGACACCAGUGCACAUGCCCUGACGGACAAACAGGCGUUUGUAACUCAAACGGGCAUUGUGAUUGUGGAAAUAACGGAAAACGACAGACCUCCCAAUGCACAACUGCUGCUGACUGCACAUGCAGCGACGACAAAGUAGCCGAGUGUCACCAUGGACACUGCACGUGUCACCAUGACAGCGGCCAUCACCCGAGACAAACCUCACAAUGUACAGUAGAUGGUGACUGCACAUGCGCUAGCAAUCAAGUGGCUGCUUGUCACCAUGGGCACUGCACGUGUCAUCAUGACGGCGGACAUCACCCGCGUUCUCUCUGUCAUAACGGACAUCAGUGCACAUGCCCUGAUGGACAAACAGGUGUCUGUAACUCAAAUGGCCACUGUGAUUGCGGACACAACGGAAAACGACAAACCUCCCAAUGCACAACUGCUGCUGACUGCACAUGCAGCGACGACAAAGUAGCCGAGUGUCACCAUGGACACUGCACGUGUCAUCAUGACAGCGGUCAUCACCCGAGACAAACCUCACAAUGUACAGUAGAUGGUGACUGCACAUGCGCUAGCAAUCAAGUGGCUGCUUGUCACCAUGGGCACUGCACGUGUCAUCAUGACGGCGGACAUCACCCGCGUUCUCUCUGUCAUAACGGACAUCAGUGCACAUGCCCUGAUGGACAAACAGGUGUCUGUAACUCAAAUGGCCACUGUGAUUGCGGACACAACGGAAAACGACAAACCUCCCAAUGCACAACUGCUGCUGACUGCACAUGCAGCGACGACAAAGUAGCCGAGUGUCACCAUGGACACUGCACGUGUCAUCAUGACAGCGGUCAUCACCCGAGACAAAUCUCACAAUGUACAGUAGAUGGUGACUGCACAUGCGCUAGCAAUCAAGUGGCUGCUUGUCACCAUGGACACUGCACGUGUCAUCAUGAUGGCGGACAUCACCCGAGACAAAUCUCACAAUGUACAGUAGAUGGUGACUGCACAUGCGCUAGCAAUCAAGUGGCUGCGUGUCACCAUGGACACUGCACGUGCCAUCAUGACGGCGGACAUCACCCACAAAGGCGUCAGACUACCUCAUGUACUGUACCUGAAAACUGCACGUGCACUGGCGCGCACGAGAUAGCAAGUUGUGACAACGGAAUGUGCCAUUGUCAUCAUGAUGGUCACCAUCAUAACGACGGAAACCAUCACCCACCACAUCAUCCACAAAGGCGUCAGACUACCUCUUGCACUGUACCUGAAAACUGCACGUGCACCGGAGCGCAUGAGAUAGCAAGUUGUGACAACGGAAUGUGCCAUUGUCAUCAUGAUGGUCACCAUCAUAAUGACGGAAACCAUCACCCACCACAUCAUCCACAAAGACGUCAGACGACAUCAUGCACUGUAAAUGAUGAUUGUACAUGUACUGGAGACCACGAGAUAGCAAGUUGUGACAGCGGAAUGUGUCAUUGUCACCAUGAUGGUAAUCAUAACGGAGGAAACCACCACCCACCUCAUCAUCCAUGAAAACAACCCAUACCCCUUUGGGUCUAGUUUAUGUGAAAUUAUGAUAUAUUUAAUAAAAGAACAUUCACAAUUCAA